GUGACCGUGGAACACAUGGCUGGAACGCACAGGAGAGGACUCGGCACUUCCGGGAGUGCGCUGCGCAGGCGCAGACUGGGGACACUUCAGCUGCUGUGGUUCCUUGUUGAGGAGAGAGAGCGUUGCUCGGUGGCCGGGCGCAUGGAGUCGGAUCCUGGAGAGGAUGAUCUUAGCGCCAAGGGCUGGGACUCCGGAAGGAUGACCAGCGAAACCCUUGCAUUACCUGGAAACGUAGAAGAUGAGUUGAUUAAAUCCCAGAAUCUUACAGGCUUCCUCGAUGUGGACAAGGAUUUGGAUUCCAAGCAGGAGCUGAUCGACGACAAAGAAUUUGACAUUCCCCAAGUGGACACUCCUCCAACACUGGAGAGCAUCCUCAACGAGACGGAUGAUGAGGAUGAACCUUUCAUACCUGAGGAUCCGGCUCUUCUGAACGUAGAGACCAUAGACACCCACUCCUGCGACACCUCGUCACUGGCCAGCUCAGACAGUGGUGACCGGGCACACAAAAGGAAGAAGAGGCUACCGGACGCCUUCUCCCGUCAUGGGUCUGUGAUGCGCCACAGUCUGCUGAAAGGGAUUUCUGCUCAGAUAGUGUCAGCUGCCGAUAAAGUGGAUGCUGGUUUGCCCACGGCAAUUGCGGUCUCCAAUCUGAUUGCAGUGGGCACGUCCCAUGGUCUGGCUUUGAUAUUUGACACUAACCAAGCCCUGCGGCUCUGUCUGGGCAGCACCGCGGUGGGCGCGCAGUAUGGGGCCGUUUCAGCUUUGAGCAUUAACAAUGACUGCUCCAGGCUACUCUGCGGUUUUGCCAAAGGGCAGAUUACAAUGUGGGACCUGGCCAGUGGGAAACUUUUGAGAACUAUAACGGAUGCCCACCCCCCCGGAACGGCUAUUUUGCAUAUAAAGUUUACAGACGAUCCAACGCUUGCCGUCUGCAAUGAUAGUGGCGGAUCCGUGUUUGAGCUGACGUUCAAACGAGUGAUGGGAGUUAGGACCUGUGAAUCCAGGUGCCUGUUCAGCGGAUCCAAGGGGGAGGUUUGUUGUAUUGAGCCCCUUCGCACAAAGGCCGAGAUGCGGGACCAUCCGAUUACGCAGUAUUCGCUGCUGGCCAUGGCGUCUCUAACUAAGAUACUCAUUAUUGGGUUAAAGCCCUCUCUGAAAGUUUGGAUGACUUUUCCGUAUGGCCGGAUGGACCCCUCCAGCGUGCCACUUCUGGCCUGGCACUUUGUCAUCCUGCAGGGAGCCCUGAACCCCAUGCUGGCGUUUUGCAGAGGGGACGUGGUGCAUUUCCUCUUGGUGAAGAGAGAUGAAUCUGGAGCAAUCCACAUAAACAAGCAGAAGCAGCUCCACUUGCACUAUGAUCUCAUCAACUUCACGUGGAUCAAUGCUCGCACAGUGGCACUCCUGGACAGCGCAGAGAAGCUCCAUGUGAUUGACCGUCAGACUCAGGAGAGGCUGGAGACUCUGGAGAUAUCGGAUUUCCAGUUGGUGUACAAUAGCAGCCACUUCAAGUCUCUGGCCACUGGGGGCAACGUCAGCCAGGCUCUGGCUCUGGUUGGAGAGAAAGCUUGUUACCAGUCCAUCAGCAAUUAUGGAGGCCAGAUCUUCUAUCUGGGAACAAAGUCGGUGCACGUUAUGAUGAUCAGGACCUGGCGCGAGAGAGUCGAUCAUCUGCUGAAGCAAGACUGUUACAACGAGGCCCUGGCGCUGGCGUGGUCGUUCCAUGAAGGCAGAGCGAAAGCCGUCGUGGGUCUGUCGGGGGACCCAAAGAAGAGGAAGAGUGUGGUGGCUGAUAAGAUAGUUGAGAUAUUGCUGCAGUACAUUGACAAAGCCCUGCGGAAGUGCCCUGAGCAGGGCAAGAUCCAGGUCAUGGAGCAACAUUUCCAGGACACGGUGCCUGUCAUGGUUGAGUAUUGCCUGCUUCUGCAACGCACGGACAUCCUCUUCAGCCAGAUGUAUGACAAGCUGAGUGAGAACUGUGUGGCUAAGGGAGUCUUCUUGGAGUGCCUGGAGCCCUAUCUUCUGCGGGACAAGCUGCCUGGUCUCACCACUCACGUCAUGAAGGAUUUGCUCCUCCACUUCCAGGAUCGCGGCCUGAUGGAGAGUGUGGAGGCCUGUAUAGUGCACAUGGACAUCACCAGCCUGGACAUACAGCAGAUUGUCCAAAUGUGCUGGGAGCACAGGCUGUACGAUGCAAUGAUUUAUGUGUACAACAGUGGUACCAACGAUUUUAUCAGCCCCAUGGAGAAAUUGUUCAAAUCCAUUUCUGCACCGAUCAGCUCCGGCAAAUCCCUGACAGAUGAACAAGUUGUGAUGGGAAACAAGCUCCUCGUUUAUAUAAGCUCCAGUUUGGCUGGGCGGGCGUAUCCUUUGGGAGACAUCCCGGAAGACUUAGUUCCACAGGUGAAAAACCAGGUCUUUGAGUUCCUCAUACACUUGCACUCGCCAGAGGCCCCCCAUGAUGAGGAGGUGUACCCCUAUAUCCGCACCUUGCUGCAUUUUGACACACGAGAGUUCCUUAAUGUUUUGGCAUUGACAUUUGAGGACUUUACAAAUGAUAAACAAGCAGUGGAGCACCAGCAGCGGAUCGUGGACAUCUUACUGAAGGUUAUGGUUGAGAACUCUGACUUCACGCCUUCCCAGGUGGGAUGUCUCUUCACAUUCCUGGCGCGUCAGCUGGCGAAACCAGAUAAUACGCUCUUCGUCAACAGAGUGCUUUUUGACCAGGUUCUGGAGUUCUUAUGUAGCCCAGAUGACGAUUCCCGACACUCGGAGAGACAGCAGGUUCUUCUAGAACUGCUCCAGGCCGGAGGAAUUGUCCAGUUUGAGGAGAACAGACUGAUCCACCUAGCGGAGCGAGCCCAAUUCUACCAGAUCUGCGAAUUCAUGUAUGAGCGGAAACACCUGUAUGACAAGAUAAUAGACUGUUAUUUGCUGGAUCCCAUCAGAAAGCAAGAUGUCUUUAACUACAUACACAACAUCUUGUCAAUGCCUGGGUACAGUCCUGAGGAGAAGCAGGCAGCAUGGGACAAAGCCAUGAAACAUAUGGAGGAGCUGGUGACGUUGAGUCCAAGCAAAGCCGCCGACCUGGUUUGCACACACUUUAAUGAACAGCUGGACGAAGUCAUUGCCAAGCUUCAGAAUAAAUUGAUGCUUUUCCAGUUUCUUAGAAGUCUCCUAGACCCAAGGGAUGGAGCUCAGCUCAGCCCAGAACUGCUGCAGAAUCAGCCCCACGUAACGGAGCUCUUCAUAGACCUUAUGUGUCAGUACGAUCCUGGCCACGUGACUGCAAUGCUGCAGAUCCUGGAACAUUACCGACUGGAAGAGACUAUUCAGAUUGCACAAAAGCACAAAAACCAUGAAACCUUGGCCUAUCUCUUGGAGAAGAAGGGGGAUAUCCAGGCUGCUUUCCAAGUCAUGCUCACGAGGCUGCAGGACAGACUCUCGGCACUGACGGCAGACUCUGUUGAUGCAGCAGCUGCGAAAGAACCGACCAACUUAACACAUAUCAGGGAAACUCUAUCGGAGACCAUCUCCUUGUGUGAGAGGACGUCACACACUCUCACCCUGCAGCAGCGAGAGGCGCUGUGGUUUCCUCUGCUGGAAGCAAUGAUGUCCCCACAGAAGCUCCUAAAUUCCUCCUCAACCCAGUUAUAUUCUGAGCCAUUGAAGAGUCUGACAAUGGAGGUACUUAAUAGCAUGGCGGCAUAUAUCUCCCUUCCGUCCAUACUGCAGAGGAUCCUGCAGGAUCCUGUAUACGGGAGAGGGAAGUUAGGAGAAAUCCAAGGCUUGGUGUUAGGCAUGCUGGAUACCUUUAACUAUGAGCAGACACUACUGGAAACCACUACAAACCUGCUGAACCAGGACCUGCACUGGUCUCUGCGAAACCUCAAGGCUUCCAUUACCAAAGCUCUCGUCCCAAAGCAGGACUACUGCUGUGUGUGCUUGCAGCAGUACAAGAAGAGGCAGGAGGCGUCUGACGACAUCAUAGUGUUCAGCUGUGGACAUCUGUACCACUCCGUCUGUCUUGUGGGAAAGGACUGCAAGGUGGAAGCGGGGGGACAAAGUAACUGGACUUGUUACCGCUGUAACUCACGCGGAAAAGGGCGGACCGGCCGCCAGUCAGUGGCUGACGCAAAGCGUGGAAGGGCUGCAUCUUUGGUGCAGGUGAGAGCUGCGUCUGCCAAUCCGCCCGGGGAGGAGGCUGCCAAAAAGCCAAGCUCCGAUUCUGUCCUUGAUCCGCACCAGCUGCAGGCAUUCAUGGAGCUCUGCCGUCAUUACAAAGCAACCUCCCGGCUGGCUCUACUGACGGAGCUGUGCCGCUCUCAGAGCCCCGAGAAACCAUCCGCCUACCACUCUCCGUAUGGGGGGGUCGCCUCCAGCAGCGUAUUCCAGAAUGAGAACUUCCAGCUGCACCUGGCGCCACCGCCUAUCAUUGAUGACUGAGACACAGUAUACAACAUAUAGACUCAUCUACUCCAGCACAAUGGUUAACGGCCGUCCAUAUAAGAGCAACAGGUCUUAUGAACUGUUAACGUCACAGAUAGAUGUUCAUUGUGCUCUGGAAAAUCGUUCUAUAGGGAAGCCAUGUGUAUGUAUAUAUAUAUAUUGUCAGACUGUACAAACACUAAUACACACUUUUCUCAUACGUGUUACCUUUA